AUGUCACCUUCUUCGGUCUUGCGCGCUUUUUACUCGUUGAAGCACGUCAGCACUGAAGCUUUUGUGCUACGCGAAUCUGGCGUGUCCUGCCUCUAUUGGCCUCAAGAUGAGGGGAAGCAGAAGACACUUGCCUCAGAGAACCCCGUUGACGCACCCGAGCAGUCCUUGAAUCAAACCAACCAUGUCGGCGAGCCAGAUAAUUCUCCCAUCGUUCAGACCCAGAAGGCUGAGCAUGCUUCUAUUGCCUUUGCUGAGGACUUCUGGGAAAUCGCUUUUCGGUCGCUGGAUCAGAAUGAGCAGUCACGGCUGAGAUCGGUUCAUGAUGGGCCCGAUGAUACAAGUCUCGCGGCAGUGCUGCAAGGCACUGUCCAUGUGGUUGAGACGCAGUUCCAGAUUCGAAAACUGAGAGACGAUGAGCAUCGAAUCAGAAGGGCUGCCAAGUGCACUUUGAACUCUGCUAUCUCAGUGCGGGAUGCUAUUAGUGGCAUUGUUGCCGCUGAUCCCACAGGACAUGCAUCUGCCGCCUGGAUGGCCCAAAACGAUAUCGCACUUCAGAACGCCUUGUUCGAAUCCGCCGAAGUUCUGUCCGCGAUACUCGCUCGUUAUACUGUUGUGGAGAAGCUUUCGCGGGCAAGCCAUGCGGAUACCAGCAAAGGGAUGGAAGGGAGCAUUAUUCACCUAUGGAUCGUGUUCGACAACUCAGCCUUUGGGGAGAGGAUAUGGACCAGUGUUUCGGUUCCCGACCUUGCCAGCCACCGCCUGUUGCUGCUUCGAACGAGUAUUGAAAAAGAAGAUCAGGCCAUCAACAGUUGGGUCAAUCUUGACCAGAAUAUCCAGAAGGCCUACCAAGCUUUCCAAAUUUCGAAGUUACCGGUUGCCGCAGAGGCUAUCUAUGGCUCUUUUGAGAGGCGGUAUGAAGAAUUAUGUUUUGAAGGCACAAGAAUCGAAAAGUUGGAGAAGAUUGUAAGCUGGGUGGAUGAUCCCGAGGGAGAGCAAUUCUUCUGGCUGAACGGCAUGGCGGGCACUGAAAAGUCCACAAUUUCUCGCUCCCUCGCUAAGUUAUUCACUGCGCGAGGCAUUCUAGGGGCAAGUUUCUUUUUCGACGGGCGCCGGACGGAGUGUGUCUCACCCAAGCAGCUCGUGCCGACAAUUUUAUAUCAGCUAACAACCCUGCUACCAACACUGAAAGUUGAAAUCCAAGCGGUACUUGAAAAGGACUCUAUCCUAUUUACCAAGACGCUUAGAGAGCAGAUCGACUGCGUCCUCGUGGAGCUGCUAAAGAAGCUGCCAGUGGAUCAACGUCAAAUCCUGAUCUUCAUUAUUGAUGCCAUGGAUCAGUGUAGAGACAAGAGAGACACCAAGCAGCUUUUGAGGAAUCUAGUCAGAGUACGAGGUGUUGGAGCACUCGAUCUGCGAUUCUUCAUCACAAGGAGACCAGAGCCGAAGCCUGAAGAGAAGACCAUCAAGGAGUUGGCCCAACGUGCAAGCCCGCUGUUUAUUGUCGUUUCAACCAUAUGCCUAUUCAUUGACGAUGAACGAUUCAGCCCCGUAGAGCGCACAAGUGUGAUUCUCCAGCACCGGCAUUUUGGCGAUCAGCUCGUCGAGACUUAUCAGACAAUCUUAGAGCAAAUGAUCAUCGAUACCAGGGACGUUGACAGACAGCAGAUUCUCACGGAGUUCUGGUAUAUUGUUGGCUCAGUCAUCACCCUUUACGACCCUCUUCCAGCGACUUCCUUAGCUCUGCUGCUUGACAUGGAGGAAGAUGACGUGCACUUGAGACUCAAAUUCCUCCGAUCCGUGCUCAUCAUACCGGACGGGAAUGAGGCCGAUGCCCCAAUAGAACCUCUGCAACAAUCCUUCCCGGACUUCCUGGGCAAGCAAUGCCUGCGUGUUAUGUCUGACAAGAAGAUUGGCCUUCGCCGGAAUAUCUGCAAUCUUGAAAACGACGGAAUUCUACAAAGCGAGAUCAGUGACGUUACAGGGUCAAUCAGCCCUGUGCUCAAAUAUGCCUGUCGGUACUGGUCAAAGCACCUAUUAGAUGGAGAUGAACCAAGUGAUCAAGGAGACAUGUACUCAUUCUUUCAAGAACACCUUUUGCAAUGGUUGGAAGUAAUGAGCAUCCUUGGUCUGACAUCUGAGGUUUUGACGCAGCUCAGGAGCACGCAAAACCUGAUAGAUAAAACGCGAGAGACUCCUCUUGCUAGACUGCUUCCGGAUGCAGUCCAAUUUGUGAGGAGAGCGAUGGAACCAAUCAGUCUAAGUCCUCUUCAAGUGUAUUCGUCCGCGAUCAUGUUUACGCCGCAAAUCUCCCUCAUACGGAAAAUGUUUGAGAGCAAAGUGCCGAAUGAUUUUGCCGUGCUACCACAGUCCGAAAUGAACAGGGGCGCGCAGCUGCAGACAUCUCAAGGCCCUUAUCCAGUUCGCCCCCUUGCUUUCGGGCCAGAUGAUUGCUUGCUAGCCUUUAGCUGCGAGAGGACAAGUGCCAAGCUCUGGAAUACCGAGGGGACGGGGUCACAGCGAGUGCAGACUUACUUCGAUUGUCCAGACCUCUGGGUCGAGACAUCUACCCUUUCACCGGAUGGUCGCUUGGUAGCCUGCGCCAUGUUUGAUGGCGAAGUCCAGAUAUGGCGUGUAUUUGACAGUGAGAAGCCAAUGGUGCGGUUGCCCAGGUCAGGUAUACACUACCGAGGGGAGUUUGACACCGAUUUCCCAUCGUGCGGCCCGACAAUCAGAGUCAUGGGGUUUUCUUGCAAUAGCCAGAUGGUCGCCACGGCCACAUUUUUCCGCGAGAUCAAAGUGUGGGAUUUGACCAAGCCUGGAGGCCCGCCCAUGCUUAAUGUUGUCGAGCAGGCAACCGUUGAGGCCAUCGGGUUCACAAAUAACGACCAACAGCUCAUGUGGUCUAUAGGAACUCAUAUCAAAAUUUGCAACAAAGGCGAUGAUGGUUCGUAUUCUCGCAGUGCAAUCAUUCCGAUAUGGAAGGGGAAGUCAGACGAAGGGCUUAUGGUUUUUGCGCCGCUCAGCAAGCGAGUAGCAUACUCUGCUCAAAAAGGCCAAGUGAUCAAGCUUCUAAAUCUGGACACCAUCACGAUGAAUCAAGGCGUAGUCAUUCGGAGACUGAGACCCCAUCUAACGACCUUCGACGGACUCCAAUUGUCACGGGAUGACCGGUGGCUGGCGGCUUGGAAUGGCAUUGUCCAGGUCUGGGACCUCGAAAGAAUAGACCUGUUCUUGGCGCGGAUCGGGAAUUCGCACCCUUCGCCAAGUGACGAGCGUUGCGCUUUCCCCGGAUGGACAGAGGCUGGCUUACAGUUCCAACGAGAAGGAGAUCCACCUUUGGCAGGUGGAGAGCAGCGGCGCGGAUACCAUGCUGGACACGUUGCCGAUUGACGUGCCCUCCCCGACGAGGUGUCUCUCCAUUUCACCGGACAGUCAAUAUAUAGCCCGUGCUAGUGACCAGGAGUCGACAUUUGGAGCGUGGCUGAUAAAAUCGUUGUACGCCGGCUGUGGGAUAACUCGGGAGACAUAACGUCGAUAUGUUACUCGGCGGACGGUCGAUUGCUUGCACACGCUGCACGUGACAUUGAGUCCUAUAUUUCCAG